AUUGGUGUUUAGUAACUAUAGAGACUAUGGCGAGAUCAUGAAAAGUACUUUUGCAUCCUCACAUUUUGACGUUUGAGAUUCCGUGACGUUCCACCAUCGUUCGUCUGGAGAGAGAAACAUCUGGCCCAGGCCCUCAACAUCUUCAACACUCUCACAAUCCAUCGACAACACAACACCGUUCGCGAUACAUGAUCACCUCCCACCUAUGAUGACGUCUUCAGCGGCUGGCUCAACGGCCUUCUUCAUCCUCUCCCUCCUCACGAUAUGCGGUCUCGUCCUGCUCGUCCUGCGCUACUACCUCCCGCUGCGCACCACGCCCGCCUACGUGACCGUCCCCGUCUUCCUCGCCAUCGCGCUACCAGCCAGCAUCGUCGUGCUCCUCCCCAUCGAUCUCGCGAGCAGCGCAGGCACGGAUACGGAGGCUGCGCGCGGCAUAUGGCUCUCCGACACGGUCGUGUACAAGUCAUGGCGCAUCAUCUACUGGCUCACGUUUGCGCUGACAUGGGCCAUCCUGCCCAUGCUGGGCGAGUACUGCGACUCUGGAUACCGCGAACCCAAGGCUAGGAUGAUGUAUGCGCUGCGGAGCAAUGGGCGGUACUGGCUUAUUGUGCUUGGGUGCACAGUGUUUGGGUCGAUUUAUCUGAUCUGGUUCAAUGGAUUCGAGUUGGAUACGUUCAAAAGUAUAGCCAUGGCGCUGGCGUAUACGUGGGGUCUUAUACUGGGCAUAUACCUUAUGGGCCAUGGGCUUGUGGCAUUCCCAAGAACUUUGAGGAGAUAUGCGAGCAUCAGUCAUCGCCUAAGAUCGAUUCAAAGUCAGGCGCCCAAGGUUCACGAUAACCUUACCGAGGCGCUGGAGAAGCUGGAGGGAUAUGAAGGUCAGGUUGUGCAACUUAAGCAAAGGAAGAAUGCCACAACGAGGGAGUUUCAAGAGUGGAUUGAUGAGCUGGCCGAGAAGAGCAAUUUGCCUGAGAGCAGGGUGGGCAAUGCAAGGACAACGACAAUUCCGCCCGUAAUCACAGAGAGAUAUCUCGCAGACCUGACGAGGAAAUUGAAACGAGCGCGCCACGCCAAAUGUCGCUUCGAAAACGAAUGGGAUAGAACCGUUCGCAAAGCAGUCCGUACCCAAGCCAUCCUCGACUCCAAAGCCAGCAAACGCCUUGAAUUCAGCGCCGCAGCAAGAGGUCCACUGGACCGUGUGACGCUUCUCACACCGUAUAUGCGCUACAACCUGCACGUCCACGUUAUCCCCUCGCUCACCUACGUUCUUUGGGUCUUGACAAUCUGCGCGUCCACUGCAAUAGUGUGGUCUGAAUGUGUGCGUGAACUCCAAGAAAUUGGUGGCCACAAGCUUUCUUUGAUCGGCUACACCGUCAUGUCUCGCCACUCCUCGUCACGCUCCUCGAUCGGUUUCGGUGGACAACUCAUCGCCGCUAUGUGGUUAUGCUACAUGUGCAUUUGCGCCUUCUUCUCGCUCACCGAAGUCGUCACUUGGCGCAGCAGAGCGCUCGUCAAACGCAACACAUACCAAGAAAGCGCGACGUGGUACGGUCUUCAAGUUGCCAAAUUGACUGUUCCGCUGAGCUACAAUUUCUUGACCCUGACUGAUCCACCCGUUUGGACGCAAACCCAGUUCCAGAAGUUCUUGGGAAGGUUAAUCGAUCUGUCACCACUAGGGAAGGAGUUCUCAGCUUUCUUCCCCAUAUUCAUCCUCGUUCCCGUACUGGCUACGACGUUUGGCCUGUACGGUAAAGCGAAGAACAUCUGCGGUUUCGGUGACUUGCUAGACGACGAGGAGGAUACAGCGGAAGGCGGUUAUGCAGGCACUGGCUCAUGGCGCGAAGGCCGCGCACUCAUCGAGCGCGAGUUACAAGGCGCGAGCGGAAACGUGCUCGGCUUAUCGCAACGCCCAGUAACCUCUACCUCCCCACCAGCAGCAAGCUACUCAGACACUCCUCCCGCCCCAAUUGCGGAAGCUAGCACGCAACGCGCACGCCCGGAGCGUCGCAGGCCGCUCAUCGAAGACGACGAGGACACAGGGAACUUCUUUGAGAAUUUCGGCGCGAAGGUCAAAAAUACACUCGAUACUACGGACUUUUCAUUCAAGAAACCGAAGUGGAUGGGCGGUGAUGAUGAGGAUGAGGUGGUUGCUGGAAGGAGCAGUAGAGCGCAGGAUAGGAGUCAGGGAUUCAUGAGUCUUUUUGGUGGUCGGCCUGAGGAGGGAAGGGUACGGUUGUGAGAGCGUAAAUGUUGGAUAUGGGCAUUGUGCGGCGUUUUGGGGAUAUACUUAGAUGGGUGUAUGGGCUUGGUAUAGAUUUUGUGGCUGUGUUUUAGAUGGUGUAUAUCCUAUCUCUGUGUGACCC